CGUUUUUAAUUUGGCGCCACCCAAGCGCUGGUGGUCUGAUCAUCAGUCUCAUUGUUCUGAUUCCACCAUUCGUAUUGGGGACAUUAAGAGCGAGAGAAAUACCAUAAGCUUUUGCCGUACGUUAUAUAGCACUGCUCGAUUACUGUUUUGGUGUACGAAGUUCCUGCUUGUGAUCGCUGCUUUCGUCUGCAACUAUAGCGGCCGUUUGCGCUAUAUUAUGUUGUUGUUAUUAUUAUCCCAUGCUGCGUGUCUGGUAGAAUCUUGUUUGCGCGUAUAACCAACUCAGCUGGCAGCUGGUAUUUACCGUAGUCGUCGGAGUGAGCGUUGCCUGUCGAAAUCAAUAGAAAGUGAGAGAAAGAUCAUACAAGUCAAAUGCAAUAUCCGAAGGAUAAGUUUUAGCUGUAUUAAUACUACUUAAAAGAUUGGUCCAUUGCUACGACCAUAAUCUUCUAUACAUAAACAAAUAUAACAACUAGAAAGCAAAUCAAAUGUUCUGUAAGUAGUGUUUUCAAGCACCGGAUGAGUUUUACAACAAGCAGGUCGUUUGCUUUUGGCUACUUCUUUUUCUGAGCAGAUCUUUAAUUGUGGUGUUGCUAGUAUAGGUUUUGUGAGCUGGUUUUGAUCACUGCUGUCGUAGCUGCUAGUCGCCAUUAAGUGUCAUUACUAAUCUUCCACCAAAAUGUCGGUCUGAUCUCUGAAUAUUGCUGUUGUUCGACGAAUUUUUGCCUCGGUGACUUUAUUAUAUUAGUGAGCCCUUCGUGUGCCGAUUCGCUCUCUCUUAAAGAGUGAGUUUAAAAAGAACUCAUUUCUGAUACGAUUACCAUUAUAUUGUUAGUGGACCUAGUGUUUGUUCUCGAACUCUUUGCAAGGUUCAAUCUGGGUUCAUUAUAAAUAUCCGCAAUGACGUGAGAAUAUUGAGAGGAGUGUUCAUAGGGAGGUCGCACAGUGGCUACGAGUGUCAUAAAAAUGUGCACGUGUGUGAGGAGUAGAUGAGAGAAAACGUAAUCAUCGCCGAUUAUCAAGGAAAUACUAGGAAAGCAUCAUCAUGUCUAAGGAUAUUCCUAGUACCACCUCUCCGACUACAACGGUAGGGACUGAAGGAAUUUUGUUGUUGUCAGCCGCUGAGGACGCAGACAAACGACGGCAGCAGGAACACGAGCACCUGCUUAAGGAGAUUGAGACAAGUGAUUCCUCGACUGUCGGCCACGUUCUCAGAGCGAUUUACGAUGGAGACGACCACGCCAAAUUCCUUGAAAAAUUACGCGCUCGCAUCGACGACCAUUCGAGAGAAAUCCAAAAGAUGUGCAAUUUUCACUAUCAAGGAUUUAUCGAUUCAAUCAAUGAACUGCUUCAAGUCAAGAGUCAAGCGGCGAAACUCAAGGGAGAAGUGUCAGAAAUCCAUGCUGAAUUGAGUGAUAGCACAGAGAAAGCAUUGGCAAAAGGCGAAGCCCUAGUUCGAGUUAGAAGAACGCAAUGCAACAUUAAGGCAGCCAUAGAGGCAUUAUCAAUUUGCCUGCCUGUUCUCGACAUGUAUUCGAAACUCAACGAGCAGAUGGCUGCUAAACGCCAUUAUCCGGCUUUGAAAACUAUUGAACUAUUAGAACAUACUUACCUGCCUUUAAUACAAAGGCAUAAGUUUGCACAAACUAUGGGACAACGUCUGCCUCGCUUUCGCGCGCAAAUUGAAGAGGCUUCCAUGACCGAACUUAAAGAUUUUCUGGAGAGCAUACGAAAACACUCAGCACACAUUGGGGAUAUUGCCAUUGUACAGGCUAGCGAGCAAUAUCAGAUCGAAGCGGAGGGCUUUACACAUGGCGCCAUUAACAGUGUGUCUAAUGGUCCGACAUCUGGCGUCAAACUCAAAAAGCCCUCGUCGAUAUCCGGACCCUCUGAUGGCGAAAAUACAGCCUCGGUUGGAACUGCACAAGAUUUGGUGGACUUCAGCCCAGUUUACCGCUGUUACCAUAUAUUCGGUGUUCUGGGUAAUGGCGAACGUUUCAGAACUUAUUAUCGGAGCAGUCGGGAAGAACAGGCCAAACUCGCUCUGCAGUCCGCGUUUAAUAUGCACGCCUCACUCGAAGGUUAUCGUGCUUUUUUUAACGAGGUGGCUGGCUUUUUUGUCGUUGAGGAGCAUGUGGCAAAUACGGCAGGUGGACUAGUUAGUCGAACCGAACUUGAAACUUCGUGGGCGGAGGCAUGUCAUCGCGUAGAGGCUGCUCUCAGAACGAGUACUGGCUACUGUACAGAAGCUCCCCUCAUGCUCCGAGUCAAGACACUCAUUAUGCUAUUUGCAUAUACGCUCAAAGGUUAUGGCUACAAGGUAGAUCCUCUAAUUAAAUUACUGUUGGAGGUGUAUGAGCACUACAAUGAAAUCCUUAUGAAGACCUGCAAAGAUUCAUUUCGGCAACUCUUUGAAGUGGACAGCUAUCAUCCGAUGCAAGUUGACACCGAAGAAGAAUAUAGACGGGUGCUGAGUAAAUUUCCAUUUCGCGACGAAGUUUUGGAGAGGUCACCGUUUCCACGCAAGUUUCCUUUUUCUAGUUUUGUUCCGGCAGUUUACACGUAUGUUAAGGACUUUGUCGGCGAAUCACUCAAGUUUCUGCAGGACUUAAAUUUAAGUCAAAGUGAAGUGGAGGAUAUGGUGCGCAAGUCAACAAACCUACUCCUGACGCGGACGUUGAGCGGAUGUCUUACGGCGCUUAUCGAGAAGCCCUCUUUAGGUCUCUUGCAACUCAUUCAGAUCACAAUUAAUACGAAUUAUCUUGAGGAGACCUCAUUCUUUCUCGAAGAACAUAUUCAAUCCAUCUUCAGGUCGCCAGCAUCAGCUGGUGGUAGUGCUAGUGUAGGAAGCGGCGUGGGAACCAAUUCUGGAACGGGUGUGUCGUCUCACGCUACACGACUACAAGGCAAGGCGAUCUUCAAGGACUCUCGUAAGAACGCCGAAGACCAAAUCUACAAACAGAUCAAACGCAAAAUCGACGAGAGUAUCGAGCUGGCAACUUACGAAUGGACCGCCGCUGAGGCUCGCGGUACUGCUUCCGCCUACAUGCUCGAUUUAAUUGCGUUUCUCAACAACGUCUUCCAAGCGUUCACCAAUCUACCCGAUAGAGUUGCGCAAACAGCGUGCAUGACGGCUUGUCAACAUCUUUCCGGGAAGCUACUCGAUCUCCUCCGCAACGAAGAAGUAAAAGCGAUAUCUACGGGUGCCGUGGAACAGUUCAAUUUGGAUUUGAUUCAGUGUGAACAGUUUGCCACCUCGGAACCUGUGCAGGGUCUUAAUGCAGAUGUGUUGCCCAUGUUCUUCGUUGAGUUAAGACAGCUUGUCGAUCUCGUCAUGGAUGAGGACUGGCAGACCUACUUACAGGAGAAAAGCGACGGAAGAAACGAUGCAAAAUAUCUUCGGGUCCAGCCGACUACAGCACUUAUCGUUCUAGAAAAGGUGUGUGCAGCGGACAAAAAGCGAAAUACGUUGCUGAACUUCAAUCAAAAACAGAAGGAACGCAAAAAACUUCUCGAAUGGGCCGUUAAACAGUUAAGAAUAAUCACGCAGGCCAAUGGAGUGUUCAACCAUAAUAAUAAUUCUUUAUAGUGGUUUCAGCGAAAUUACAUCAGCUACCACGAAACCAGAGUGCAUGUAAUGUUUUUGGCUACGUAAGGAAAGCGCCAAAAUUGUCCUGCGUCUGAAUCCACAUCAUGGAUCCGCCGAUUAGUAAGGGGACUUCAGAGGCUAUUUCUGCACGCAAAGAUUAGAUUAUUUUGAGUCAUACCAUAAUCAUGGUAAAUAUUUUAUACAAAGCUGGCGAUAUACCAACCCAGAUCGUGUAAAGGGAAAGGUGCUCGAAUGAAAACAAGAUAUGCGCAUGUAAUGCGCAUAUCUGCAUGUAUACAGACAAAAAACGUUUGGUGGACGGUUACAAAAUCAGAAACAACCACCCUUCUCCUUUUCGCGCAAUGGAACGAUUUGUCGGUAUCAUGUGUAGCGCGAAAGAGUCAUCAACUGUUUAGGACACCAGACGUUACCCGAACAAUCUGGCUUCUAUAGUUUCACAUUGUAACUUCAGGGAACAUGUCUGAACCACCAUCAUGAUAGGUAUUAAACAACGAAAAUUAGGACAGUAGGUUCCAUCAUAAAUGAACAUUUAUGUUAUUAAGUUUGUUUCUUUAAUUUAUCAAAAAAACUAUACUUAAAUUAUUGUUGUUCUGAUCAUAGAUUUAUUGGUAUCAAUUUUAUGAUAGCGGUAGUUCCUAGCCAACAAAAACGCCUUUUUUACUUUAUAAGCUAAUAGGCCCGGAACGAUAUGCAUGAAGUGAAUAAAGCAAACCUAUUAUUGCUAUUCAUGCAUACUACGCCAAAAAAAAUUGCUGGAAAUACACGCGACGCCAUAUGUACGGUACUAUUUAGUUACAUACAAUUCUCUCCAUAGAUUUUACAUGUAUGUAAUAUAGAAAACGGUAACAGAUUACGGAAACUUUCUGCUACCAUUGGUGAACUAUUUCGAAAAGUCUCUUUCUAACAUGUUAAUUUAUAUGUUACUUUUAGGCAAAGCCUUGAUUAGAUAACAUCUCUUUUGUGGAAACCAAUGCUUCGGGUUGCUUACGACCCGAGUCUGCCCAUAUGUCUGUCUGUGCAGUCUUCCCUCAUUUAAUAGUGUGAUAUCAUCUAUCCGUCGUAAUGUAUGUGAAGUGCCGGACCUAUCAUAAGAAAAAUCGUUAACUAAUAGCAAGCCCUAGAUGCUUAUUAUAAUAAUAUAUUACCUAAUUAAAUCCUAGGGCAAUUAUUUUUGUUUUGAGAUGAAAGACGGUACAUUUUCGGUAAUUAUUAUCACAGUGAAUCCAGAUAUGCCAGCCAGAAGAAGGCCACACAUAAAAUUCGCUGUCUGAGAAUGUACCCAUCCCAAAGUGUCAGAGCAUAAAUAACAGAUAAUUCCAACAUCACACAAACAGGUCUUACUAGCAAUGAUCAUAGUGACGAUGAUAGUACGUCGUAAUACUAUCAUAUUGCAAUGGCGCGUACAUUGUGUCUUAUUAUCUUUAUGAGCUAUGCGUCGUACAAAAAUCAAAGGUCGCAUUCAAAUGGCUGAUAACAAAGACACACAAGAGCCUAAUUUUUAACUAAAGACUAUUAUUUAUGUCUAUCAUAAUGUUGAUUAGCUAAUGAGUUGAUCCAUUAAAGAAGCGCUAACAGUAAGAAUCGCAACAACGAUGGUGAUGAUAUACUUAAACGGCACUUCCUGCAAAUAAAAACGAUAGCGGUAACUUGAUUGACAGUUAAUUGUAUAGUGUAAUAUUUAAUAAAGGUCGCCAAGAGAACAUGUCUUAUUCAGAUAAUAAAAUAAAAAUAUAAAUUAACGCCUUAUUUUGAAUUAGAUGUUGCUGUGGUCUCUAUUUUGUACACUUCUGAAUCGUUCUUUAUAUAUCUGCUACAUUUUUCAGAUCGCCGAAAAGGAUUCGAACAUUCACGCAAUCCCAAAACGUUUGAGAACUUACGUAAUAUGUUAUGUAGCUACUAUAAAGAAUAGUUUAUUAGCAGGGUGGCGAGUUCAGGAUGAAGAAUAGUCACUUCCCUGGCAACGACAGUUUACGUUUAUUAAAGUUGAAUAGAGCAGAACUGUAAUUUUGAAAUACUAGGAGAAGCAUUCACCCUAUUUUUUUUUACACGUAUUGAUUUUUUUGCAGAUACAAGCACUAAGUGAUUUGCAUUGCGUGAAAGCGUUUUCGUUUUUGGUAGCCUAAUGUACCAGUAGUGAAGCUAUGAAAUCUUCCUACCUUACUAAAUCCUAUCGAGCCUCAAUUAUGUGGGGACUAAAUUUAAACGGGUUUCCUUUACAUUUCGCUUUGGUUUGACCACUAUCCGCUUGUUAUAAGCCCAAAGGUCAUAGGUGUCUCUGUUGACUUUCAGGACGGCAAAAUCGUAUUUUUGAUAGUACACUUCUAUAUCCUCAAAUUCACUGAUAGGCUGGCUACAACGAACACAUUUGGACAGCUCGAACAAGAAACAAAUAGUGCAUCAGCACGCGUUUCCACUAAGCGGAAGGAAUUGUCUCUAGAAAACCUUUUCCAAAAUCGAUAGACUGCCUCAUAUCCACAUGCCUGUGAUGCCUUCGUCAAAUAAACGAACGUUCAAGUUUGAGAACAUUCGUAACAGUGGAUUGAUACAUAAAACUGGUCAUAAAUUGAAAAGUAUUUAUGUAUAAAAUGAACAUAUUUUUUAUAAUAUAAACAAUGUAGGGUAAAAGUGAUGAAACUCCGUCUCGAAAUUUGUACACAUGUCCUGGCAGAACCUGGGUUAACGUAAGCAGAUGUCAUAACCGGUCCUGUUAAAAAUGUCGGCUAUUGCUACGUCGCAAAGAUCUGCCCCAAUUUGCAAGCUUCCAAAUUAAUUUGCGAAAGAGGUCAGAACAUUUAAGAGAACGCGCACCGCUAUCUAAAGCUUACUACAUCUGACACUUAGCAAUCUGCUAAGAAGAUAUACAAGUGUAAGAUAUGGUUAAAAAAAAACGCGUCGUUGUGUAUUUUUGCAAGAAUCUCUCUUUAUCGUUUAAAAAUGGCAGAUGGUAUAAGCACCACAUGCUGCAAGAGAUAUGGAUAAGGAAUAUGAAAUAUGCCAUUUCUUAGUACUAUCGGAGCAGAAAGUCAGAGUAGAUAGCCAGAGCAGCAUAUUAUAUAAGAAGUACUUUGCAUUACUCACACACAAGCUCCAUUAAGAACACCUGCCUAAUGAAACGGCUAAGCCCGCUAUACUCGUUCCACGUGAGCUCCGAUGAAUGCUUUUAAAAAGCAUUUGUGAAUUAGAGAGCAAAUAAACUACAAUGAGGAAAGUAACAGAAACACGUAUAAGACUUCAGAUGGGAGUCUUCGUGGUAUUGACAAACAAAAUCACCCUGAACGACCAUAAAUAUCUAAAUAACAACGAUAAAUAAUGCCGUCACAUACCAAAACCAUAAACUGUUUCAAGAACGAAAUGAGAUUUUACUGAGGAACUGAGAGCUAUUUCCGCUCAAAGCCACCCAUUUGGGAAUAAUUUUAGCAAAUUCUAACAAGUCUGUACAUCCUGCAAAAAAAUAGGCUAUUAGUCUUGUAACUGAAGCUCAAAUAUCUCGCAUUAUGCAGUGCUUAAGAAAUAACUAUCAUAUGGAUACGCAACAAUGCAGAGGUAGCAAAGCCUACUCACAAAAAAUGCAAAGAGAGAGAAAUUAAUAAUUCCCAAACCGCUACCUACCACUGAAUGCGCGCAUCUCAUAUGUACCCAUAUUCCAGAAAAUUUUAAAGCGCUGAAAAACGCUAUGACUACUCCAGGCCGAGGGUAGACCAGGCCUACCUACCAUUUUACUUGUAAAAUAUCACAAACAUACCAUAAACACCUUUCAGAAUUUACAUGAGGGCGCAGAGACAACAUACUUACUCGCUAAAUAUAGAAAUAUAUGAAUCUAUGGUUCGCAUGAAAUUGACCCGUUUGCUUCACGCUGAAGGUCAGCCGUCCGAAUCAAUAAUAACGCAGUUUUUCAUAUAAAGCUUGAAUAUCUUAUUACAUCUUUAGUCACCGUAACUACGCAAUCGAAUUUUGAUGUACCCCGAUUUUGACGCACACAUACCGUGAACGAGCCAGGCAUCAACGCUUAGAAACGCACAUAUUUAUAAAAGUUACGUUGUCAUGAGUAUUGCAUGAGAAAAUCACAAAAAUAGUUUGGUUACUGGAAUUUAUUUUCCAUUGAAAAGGCGGCAUGUAGGGCUAGUGCUUAUUUAUAUACGCUAAGGGUUCGGUAGUACAGAGUUGUAACAAAGUUCAUCUGAUCUCACUACACCACCGAAUGUAAAAUACCGA